UUCGGGAGUCAGCUUGUCUCACUUAACCCUGGUAAAUCCGGAUACGACCCCUAAUGGUAAUGUGAAAAAUAAAAAUGAUGGAGUUUGGCACAGUACAGGAAUGUUCACGCAAAUCUUCUGAGAAUACGGGCAGAAGCCAAAACUCAGCGACGGAAGAAGCAGGGGCGAUGGCGGUUUUAGUAUCGCAGUCGUACGCCGGUGCAUAUUAUCCCCUAACGACACUCCUACCUCCCACCAUCUUCUUUCGUCGACCACAUUCCACCGCCGUUCAGUGUUUAGGGUUUCACGGUAGUUUUAACGUCGAGCAAUAUAAUCACAACUCCAGAAAGCACUGGGACGAAUUCUACGAGCGCCAUCAAAACAAGUUUUUCAAGGAUCGACAUUACCUGGAGAAGGACUGGGGGCAAUACUUUUGUGAUGAUAACACCAUCCCUUCCAAUGGAAAAAUCAUCUUAGAGGCUGGCUGUGGAGUUGGAAACACAAUAUUUCCACUUAUCAAGAAAUACCCUCAACUUUAUGUCCAUGCUUGUGAUUUCUCUCAUCAUGCUAUCAAUCUUGUUAAGUCAGAUGCAAAGUUUCGUGAAGAUCAAAUGAAUGUUUUUGUUUGCAAUAUUGCUGAAGACGAUCUUUGUGACCAUAUUAUCCCCUCAUCUCUUGACAUUGCUACAUUGAUUUUUACAUUAUCUGCGGUUUGUCCUGAGAACAUGCCUAAUGUGAUACAAAACCUUGGACACGUAUUAAAGCCUAAUGGUGUUGUUCUUUUACGGGAUUAUGCAAUUGGGGAUUAUGCUCAAGAAUUGCUAAUAACCAAGAAUCAAGUUAUUAGUGACAACUUCUAUUUUCGUGGAGAUGGCACUUCUUCGUUCUACUUCUCGGAAGAUUUUUUGUCAAAUAUGUUUGUAAGAGCUGGAUUUAGCAUAGUGGAUGUAAAUACAUACAACAGAGAAAUUAAAAACCGUUCUAAAAAUAUUACAAUGCAGCGGCAAUGGAUACGAGCAGUUUUCAGAAGAUGCUGACAACCAUGG